AUGUCUUCUUAUCGUUUGAUUGGUGGUAAAACAAACAAACGUCUGGUCGUUCUCACCUGUCUGUUAAAAUUAAUAUUGUGAAAUUUCUGUUUACCGCAGUGAUUGUGAAUAGUGAACCCCAAUCAUCAAGAUGGCUUUGAAAACGCUCGUCGGGCAAAAAAUUAUGAAUGAAGCUAUCAAGCAGAAGAAGAAGACUGGGAAAGAUGUUGAGUGGCGGGUGCUAGUGGUCGACCAGCUCGCCAUGAGGAUGGUCUCAGCUUGCUGUAAAAUGCAUGAAAUCUCUGCUGAAGGAAUCACCAUUGUAGAAGAUUUAAAUAAGAAGCGGGAGCCUCUACCAACAAUGGAAGCAGUUUACCUAAUUAGUCCUUGCGAGAAAUCAGUGCAUGCCCUGAUGAAUGAUUUUAAUUAUGGUAGCCGUACUAUGUACAAAGCUGCUCAUGUUUACUUCACUGAAGUUUGCCAAGAGGAAUUAUUCAAUGAACUGUGCAAGUCCUGCGUAGCUAGAUCAAUAAAAACUCUAAAAGAGAUAAAUAUUGCUUUUCUUCCGUAUGAGUGUCAGGUGUUCUCACUUGAUACUCCAGAAACAUUCCAGUGCUUUUACAAUCCUGCAUAUUCCAGCAACCGCAAUGCCAAUAUGGAACGUAUUGCAGAGCAAAUCGCAACAUUAUGUGCAACUUUGGGCGAGUAUCCCUCAGUAAGAUAUCGCAGUGACUUUGACAAGAAUUUGGAAUUGGCGCAUGUGAUCCAGCAGAAAUUAGAUGCAUACAAAGCUGACGAACCAACGAUGGGGGAGGGGCCAGAGAAAGCUCGCUCUCAGCUCUUGAUUCUAGACAGAGGCUUUGAUUGCGUUUCACCGGUUCUCCAUGAGCUUACUCUUCAAGCUAUGGCCUACGAUUUGUUGCCAAUUGAAAAUGACGUUUACAAGUAUGAAGCUACCGCUGGGGCUCCAGAGAAAGAAGUUCUUCUGGAUGAAAAUGAUGAGUUGUGGGUUGAAUUGAGACACCAACAUAUUGCUGUUGUCUCUCAGAAUGUUACCAAAAAUCUCAAGAAGUUUAUCGACUCAAAACGAAUGCCCCAAGGAGACAAGCAAUCAAUGCGUGACCUCUCACAAAUGAUCAAGAAAAUGCCUCAGUAUCAGAAAGAGCUGAGUAAAUAUUCAACUCACUUGCAUCUUGCUGAGGAUUGUAUGAAGGCAUACCAAGGAUAUGUCGAUAAAUUGUGCAAAGUAGAACAGGAUCUAGCCAUGGGCACAGAUGCUGAAGGUGAGCGCAUCAAGGAUCAUAUGAGAAACAUUGUGCCUGUUCUUCUCGACAAAGCUGUGUCAAAUUAUGAUAAGUUGAGGAUUAUUAUUCUGUACAUCUUAUCGAAGAAUGGAAUAUCAGAAGAGAAUUUGAAUAAACUUAUUCAGCACACGCAAAUUUCACCGCAAGAAAAACAGGCCAUUGUAAAUCUAGCCAAUCUGGGAGUCAACGUUGUAACAGAUGGUGGGCGCAAAGUAAAAGUCUACCAACCACCUCGCAAAGAACGGAUUACUGAGCAGACCUACCAGAUGUCUCGUUGGACACCAGUCGUCAAGGACUUGAUGGAAGAUUGCAUUGAGGAUAAGUUAGACCUGAAACAUUUUCCAUUCCUUGGUGGCCGCGCAGCCUCCUCUGGCUACCAUGCACCUACCAGUGCCAGAUAUGGACAUUGGCACAAGGACAAAGGACAACAGACGGUGAAAAACGUUCCACGCCUAAUAGUUUUCAUUGUUGGAGGUGUCUCAUAUUCUGAGAUCCGAUGUGCAUAUGAAGUCACCAAUGCCAUCAAGACAUGGGAAGUCAUCAUAGGAUCCUCUCACAUACUAACGCCCGAAGAUUUCCUAAACAACCUUGCAAAUCUCAGUGCAUAAGUAAAUUCUUUGGAGACCGAGUAAGUAUCGCUUCUCUGUGAUAAAGUUCUAAUGUCGCAAUAGUCCGGAACCGCCGUUCAAGUGUAUUCAAGUUACUUUGAUGAUUUGAUGCAAAUCCAUUGUUUUCACAAUAUUCAGUGUUGUUAUUGUUAAUCUAUUCAUUUUAUUAUUUAUUGUAUACUUCAUUUAUAUUUAUUUAUUUAUUCAAAUUUUAUCAUAAUUGCACGGACCUAGAUCCUAAGUAUCGGCAAUGUGGAUAGGGAGUCAAAGGAAACAAGCGCUUGGAAACUACCAAAACUUCUCGUAAGUAAAUUAUUCCAGUUGUGUCUAUAACGUUAAAUUUGCAUUCAAAUGCUAAAAAAAAUAUUUCAUGGAUUUCAAAAAAAAAAAACCGAAGUGCAGAAAAUUGAUUGAGUCAGGUGAGAAAUGAUUGAUCUGUUAGUCUCCCAUUGUUUGUUUCCCAGGCUUUUAUUCACCUACCUCCACAGCUGCUGAUCAUUAGUUUAGGUUUUAGGUACUUUAAUAUUAUUCUAAUACCAUUAAGUUGGUUUUGUUCAAAACCUAGCUUUUGUAACUAUCCGUAACGAUUAAGUUAAUUACCGAGUACCUUAGGUAGUAGCUUUUGUUAUUUGCCGUAAUCUCAUUCAUUUUCAUGUUAAUAUCAGCGUACACCCUGUCAUCAGUUAACAUUUGUCUACUAUUUUCUUCUUUUUCAACAUAGUAACCAGUUCUGAGGAAAAAUAGCCGAAAUUAGAAUUAAAUUGGUUCGCAAAGCAGAGAAAUGCAUACUGUUUCAGUCAAAUUACAUCUCAUAUUCUAGUUAUGUGCGAUCCUACUAGAUAAGUUAAUUUUCAGCUUAACGUUUUGAUAAAUUUUUAGUUUUCCACAAUAUAGUGAAGCCUUUUUCUUCUUGAACGAUAACUUUUCGUUGGUUUUAUCUGAUAUAUUUUCAGUUAAAUCCAUUAGAUUUAAAUAUUCCUUCAAGCUAUGGACGUUAAGAUGUGUAAAAGAGACAAAAUAGUUUAUCUAGGAAGGCCUGAGAAUUUUUAGAAAAUCGUAGUGCCUCUGUUAAUGCUGAUCAUUACUUUUUUCUCAGUUGCUGGUGUCAUAUUUUAGGUGUAUAAGUUUAUCAGCCCUCAUAAUUCACCCUGUUCCCAAGAAGUUGUUUCAAUUCUUCUUGGGCUUAUAACCAAUGACAUGCUUCAUUUCAUGAUAUGCACUUGACACUGAGUUUAAGCAAAUGCAAAUGCAAAAGUUACACACAUGUAAUGCACUUAAUGAUUGAUUCACACUUAAGGAAACGCUAUAAACAAUUACUUUAUAAAGUUGAUUGUAUAAUCUUACAAAGUUGAUUUUCUAGUAUACUACAAGUGAAAUCAUUUGAGUUACCCAACCAUUUGCAUCUUCUAAUUUCAUCAAACUAAUGAAGCACUGGUUUAUUGACUAGUAUCAGAUGUUUUUCUUGAAAAUGUUGUACUCUAUAUAGAGAAGUAGAGUUUUAAACCAUGAGAUUUUAAUGGUCACCUUUGUGAUAUUCUAUGUAUUUGAUGAUUUGCAAGGUUUAAUUCUCAUUUGUGGACAUUUUUCUACAAAAAUCUCUUGUCUUCAGCACUUAUUAACAAAGAAUGUAAUCGUCUGUCGGAAAGAUAAAGCCUUAAAAGCUAGAGAAUAAGAAAAUAUUUAAAUUUUUAGAGUGCACAGGAGCUAACUUCUAAUGCAUAUUUAGAUCUCAAUAGAAAUUGAAUCUCGAGAGCUUGAUGA